AUGGAAUUUGUAUGGAAACGAUGGUGGUAUCUUCAGCUGGGCUGUAUGUUAUUAGUGAAUUUGGGUUAUGCCAAUCCAGAGUAUCAAAAAGAAACUCCUCCAAGCCUGCGUGAGAUUGACCAUCAGUGCUGGGAGGUAUCGUCCCACGGGCUGGUGGAAAUGAAGAAACUCAAGGUAGCAGAUACAGUCAUUGCUCUCUGGGACUUCAUGAUGUUCCUAAAGGAAUCCCCUAAGCCCAAGCACAAUGAACUCUUCAAUGAUUUAGCCCAGAACUUCUGGGAUAUGUAUGUAGACUGUGUGCUCUCAAGAUCCCAUGGAAUGGGCAGAAGACAAUUAACAUCUCCAAAAUAUUCUUCCACGUAUUCACACAGAACUUUAGGAGGGUCUGCUUUCAUCAAUCCAUUUUAG